AUGGGAUCGUCAAACCAUCAAGAGUUUGGCUCAAAAUUAACCUACGAUCCAUCCUGGACAGGCCCUUGGGAAUUGGAACGAUCAGAGACUGACCUUUUGAGUUUGAUAAAUUUUUGGUUUCUUUUUUGCGUCUGUAUCAACCUAGCAGUUAUAGAUGUACUCAAAGCUGACUUCAAGAAAGUUUUCAAUUGGCAAAAUUCAGAUUCUACCAAUAUUUUAUGGAACGCUGAAAAAUCGUUUUACGACCAAAUGUACCAUUUGGGCUCCAUUGCAUGUGGUUUUAUGCGCACGCAAAUCUACAAGGUUUUCCGAAUUUUCUUGGGACCAGACUAUAGAAAACAAAGAGAGAGGCCCAAUAAUUGCAUGCAACGGUACUGCCCGAUGUGCUGCAACGGCUGUUACGACGAAAUUAUGAAAACAAGCGAUUUGGCUUACGUUUACAUCGCGCUCCACGGCCAAAACUUUGAGGAGUCUGUGACAAACACAUUUAAUCUAUUGGGUAGAAAUUGGGAAAAUGUCGCCAUUGUGGCCCAUAUCGCUCAGAGAUUGAUAUUUCUCUGCUCCAUCUCGACUGUGGCCAUUUCGGCUCUCGUGUACUCGGGCUUGACCUCAGCCUUUUCAAUGGACAGUACUCAGAGUAUGACUGCAUUGCUGUUCAUUUGGUUCCUCGUCUUUGUUGCGAUUAAUUCAAUAUUUUUGCUGCUGGACGUAGCAAUCGACACCUUAUUGAUUUGUGCGCUCGAAGAUUAUGAAGUCAACAGUAACAGCGCUAGAGCUUACUACAUGUCAGACCAUAUGAAGAAAUUAUUACUCGAGAAUAAAAUAAUAUAA